AAAAUGUACAAAUGUACAUUGUGUACAAUGUAAAAUGUACAUUAUGUACACCAGUUCUGAUAAGAGUAACAACGUAAAAUCAGUCACGCUUGUAGUUCAGUAGAAUGACGAUUCAGGUCUGAGGUUUGCACCUGGUCACCGUGGUGACAGUUGCUCGACACUUGGUGAUACUUCUUUCUUUUCGUUAGCUUGUAUUAUCUAAACCUUCUGUUCAUGUUGUUAAAGUGAUUUUCCUUUAUUAAUUUAUGAUGGCACAGACGCUUGCCUGUUUCCGAUAUUUUCUCAUCGGUGGUGCUAUUGUCAUUGGCGUAUGCGGUAUUGUAGAAAGCGUUUGCGCUGGAUAUUUCAUAUAUCGGUUGUAUGAAUAUGCACCCCUCACGCCUAACAAUGUAUGUGGUUCGGUAAUAACGUUGCUCGUGAUGGGUUUGAUAACAUGUAUAAUAGCUUGGUGUGUCUGGCAAUUUCUAGAUUUUACAAAUAAGGGACAAGUUAUAAUUUUUUCCAUAUUAUUUAUGAUUAUUACGAUUAUCAACGUAAGCGCUGGGAUUUGGGCCCUUGUUAGACACGAACAAGUAGAUUUGUUACCAAACGCGCACUUGGAACAGAUGUUUGAACUUGCUCUAUCGGAUGAUAAGCUUCUUUGGGAUCAUAUGCAGUCGAAGUUACGCUGUUGUGGAAUAAACGGGCCAGCCGAUUAUCGUAACCAAGAUGCAGUACCCUGGUCUUGUUGCGAUACGUCAUCACUUGCAAAUCCUAGCGACGAUAAAGGCGUGUGUACUAAUAUGUAUGCACACGGUUGCCAGCAUGCUGUGAUAAAUCAUACUAGAUCGAUUCUUCUGUAUAUAUUUUUGCUUGCAUUGUGUCCAGCAUUAGUACAGGUCUGCUUUAUAACGGGCAUGUUAUGUUAUAUAAGAGCGUAUCGAGAAAAAAGAAAAGACCUGAUGAUCUCCGCUCAAUCAUUCGCACGAGCAUCCAAAGAUUUAGGAACAGGCGAUAGUCUUCUAAACCAACAAUCAAAGUAUUUUAAAAGAGCGUCUGAUGCUUAAUAGUUUUUAAUACGUUCAGAAACAAUAUUCAUAUUUUCGUAUGUAUUUACUUCAUAUCUAUAUUGCAUUAUAUACUUUUAUUUUGAUCAUUGUAGUAUGAAUAUUUUAUAGAAAUCGUGUGCUGCAUUUAGGUAUCUUUUUUAGCGUGUUCCUUUACUUUAAACUUUAAAAUAUCAUUUUUAUUGAAUAUAUAAUUAUUCAAUAUUCAUAUAAGAAUCUGUAAUGUAUAUUACACGAUGUAAUGAAAAUUUUCAUACCAAAAGUAUUGUGUUAUUUUAAAGAAUGUACCAAAUAUAAAGUUCCUCAGCCGAAAGACAUUUUAUAUAGACAAUAAAUAUAAA